AUGACCGCGGCUGAGCAACCUCCCCCCGCCGAAAAAGAUGCCUCCCCCCGGGCCUCCCCCAUCGUCCUUCCCCCCGGCCUCGACUCUGGCGACAUCGUCCUCUUCAACAGGCGCUGCCUCUCCAUGCCCCCCGCUGGCGCCGCUCUCUGUGCAGUGUCCAAACUCUUCUCUAAUUCUGCAUGGGAUCACGUCGGCGUUGUCAUCCGCCACCCAGCCACGGGCGAACUCCUGUUUCUCGAAGCAGACUUCGGCGGGGUCAAGCUUCGUUCCUUGGAGGAGCGCGUCCGUAGAUCGAAGUCCAAUGAGAUUGCUGUGCGCAAGCUUUCCGUUGUCCGCUCCUCGUCCAUGCGCGAAAAGUUUUACGCCUUCGCCCAGGAAAUGCUGGGCAGGCCGUAUGAGAUUGGCGCGGGCUCCGUCAUGAUCCGCGUCGCUGACCCACUUGCAAAGAAGGAGCGCGAGAGACUUGCUGCCUUGCUGAUUGAUAAGCGCGCCCAGAUUGAUGAGAUAUCAAAGGAGUUGCAGACCGCUGCCCUCACCAACUUUCAGAGACGUUUGUUGCUCGGCGAACGUGCGCGUGUUCAGGAGGACUAUGAAAAGAUCAAUAUACGUUUAAAAAAGGAGCUCGAGGUGAAUGCGCCUAUGGAAAUGAUGGAUGAUCAAGAUGGACAGGUUGUCGAUCCUGUGCAAGUGGAGAAGAGUGACCUCUCCCGUGUCUUUUGUUCCGAGCUUGUCGCGGCUGCGUAUCAACGUGUCGGUUUACUGGAGAGUUACCCGCCGGCGUUUUAUUAUACUCCAAAGGACUUUUCGUCUGAGCAACAGCACCCGCCUGGCGUCCAUUUGCUCAAAAGCGCCCGUCUAGGCAGAGAAAAUCAUUUGCGCCGCAUUGCACGCGCGUCAAAAGGUGUCGGCGAUAUGAGUAAGAUGCGUAGUUUUCGAGGUGUCGUGGAAGGUGACACCCCUUCGCGCGCCUCCCGCAAGGUUAUUAAGGACGCCCUGAAGAGAACCCCUAUUUAUGGCAUGGUGCCCGAUGAAUACAAGCGGUCGCAUCUGCUCAAAUCCUUCCGCGCCCGUAUUAUUGAACAGGGUGAUAUUGUCUUUGAGCAAGGGGAAUACGGCGAUAGAAUUUUCGUGGUCGGUAGCGGCGGGCUCGAACGCUUCAUGUCGAAAGGCGAGGAAGACCCCAUACUGUUGGCUACUAUUGGACCUCGCACCACUUUUGGAUUGACCGCAUUUAUUUUUAACUGUCCUCGCGUUUCCACGAUUCGAGCGAAGGAACGGACACUAUUAUGGGAAGUGGAUAGACCAACGUUUGAGCUAUUCAAGGAUACUAGCUCUGAUAUCAAGUCCAUCGUCUCUACGGCUGACACGCGAAGUUUGAGGAGACUUCUGCAGGAGCACUUUUUGUUCAAACGUCUAGACAAACUUGGCCCGAAUGAGAUGAGCGCCUUCUUCCUGGUCAAGUUUCGCGCUGGGGAAACCGUUUUUGAACAAGGCGACGCAGGUGAUAAUUUCUAUAUUAUAAAAACCGGAGAACUGGAGAGACACAUUCGCCACCCCAAACUAUCUCGCAAUGGAGACUCCAGGAAUGGGAAUGAUAGGGGAGAAGAAGAAAUUUCAUCUCUAUCCAAGACUCUUGAACAAGGCCAAAGUUUCGGUGAAUUGAGCCUUAUGUAUAAUGCACCACGAGCGGCUACUGUACGGGCGCGAACUGAUACAGAGUGCUGGGCUAUAUCAUCGGAAUCCUUUCAUCGUCUUAAUCUUGGCGGAGGGACACAAUAUCUUCGAGCUAUUUUCGAUCAAAAUGCACAUAUCAAGAAAGAUGGAGAGUCUUACAUGACGCGCUCGGAUCUCCUCAAAUUCGCAGGUGUACAUGCAUUUCCCGAGGAAGAAAGGGAAAGACUUGCGAAAUUGCUGGUGUCUCUGGUUACAAGCAAUCGCGAACGCGACCCUAUGGCAGAGAAGAAGGAUUAUGCAAUACUUGCAGCCAAGUCGGAUGGGGAAAAAGGGACAGACCACGAAACAAAAAUCAGAUCGAGUACAGAAGGCGACGACGAUGAUGAUGAAAUCCUCAUGGACUUUUGGGAGUUUGUUCGCUUCGACAUUGUCUUGAACCAAACUGCUGCAGAAAUGAACUUUGCUUUCCGUUUAGCAGAUCAAAAUAAUUCUGGUUUCAUUUCUCUCGAUGAAAUGCAGUAUUUGUGGCAUGACUAUGCAGAUAUCGACGAAAGCGCAAAGCGCAUGUUAAUGGAGGAAACCCCAACCUUAAAGAAGGUUUUUGGCAGAGAUGGUUCCCGAGUUCUCUCCGGAAGAGAAUUCCAAGAGUGCUCACAUGAUAUCUUACCGCCCUUAUUCCGGAAAGAUGUUGCAAAUCUAACUCGUCACAUGCUCAACAUUGACUUGGAAGGAACAGAUGUACUGCGAACCGACUUGGACGACUUAUCAGUUGUUGAGGCAGACGGUGCCUUAUCCGUGAUCGGGUCGCAGUUUAUGAAGUACUCCCCACGCGGCUCAGUACCGCCACGGGGUAGCAUGAGAGUGUAUUCGACCACCACUGACAACAGCAGCAUGCCGAAAUGGAUGCAGCGGUUAGAUUGGGGUCAUCUUUUGUCAGUCGGUGUCGCAGGCGCAGUUUCUCGUACAUCUGUAGCUCCACUGGACCGCAUGAAAAUUUUGAUGCAGACUGGAGGCACAAAGAGCUUCUCGGAGGGUUGGCUGGCAGCAGCGCGCCAAAUGGUCAAGCAAGAUAGCAGUAUAUGGCGAGCGGCGUUUCGGGGGAAUGGGGCAAACGUGAUGCGGAUUGUCCCAAGCGCUGCUAUACAACUUUUGGUUGUCAAUAGAUUGAGAGAGAUGGAGGUUGUCCGGCAGCUAAUGGCUGGUCCGCAGCGGGCGUCAUCUUCAUCAUCGCCAGGGUCGCCUUCUGGUGAAACAAAUGUUCACUUAGUUUCAGGUGGCACGCAUGCGCGUGCUGUGGAAGCAGUGCUUGUAGGAGGUCUUGCAGGUAUUAUUGCAGCAACUGCUAUUUAUCCGUUGGACUUUAUUCGUGGUCGUUUGACAUUGCAGCGGAGUGGCUUUCAGCCAUACCACGGAGCGUUUCAUGGUAUAUCAGAGUCGAUUCGUCGAGAAGGUAUUACGAGUGUGUAUCGUGGGUUGGUACCCACGAUCGCAGGAGUGUUCCCGUACGUCGGCAUAAGUUUUGCUAUGUAUGAGACACUGCGUCCCAUUCUGCCAAGGAAAAACGACGGAUCUGGCAUGCCUACAACAGGGAGUUCUAUUGCAUGUGGCGCUAUCGCCAGUGCAAUGGCGCAGCUUGCAGCUUUCCCGCUUGACACUUGCCGUCGAAGAAUGCAAGUAGCUGGCUUUGACAGCCAAAGUAGUGCAAAAGCGACGCGUUUCGGCCACAUGUGGAAGGAAAUCGGCCGUGAAAUGGGAUGGCGGGGAUAUUUUCGAGGGGUUCUACCGAAUAUGCUGAAGGCCUUGCCUGCCUCGGCUGUUUCUUUCGUAGCUUACGAGCAGCUUCGGGGUUCUUUCGCUUCUGCUGAGACUGCGAUAGAUAGGCUCUUGAAGCAAACAGCGAACCGUGCGCGAACAUGAUUCAGUGGUCUUGCUCCGCAGUUUUGGGAAUAUGGCAAGGCGUAUAAAGACCUUUGUAUACUACAGCAUCGAUAAGAUACAGUACAAUUUACUUAUUUCGA